AUGUUGUAUGCUUGGGUCAAUUCGUUGAAUUUGUUGUCACUGAACAGCUCUGAACCAGCUUGUGCAAGAGAUGCAAAAGACAAGGUUCCACACACACAAAAUCCCUUCACUAUAAUGAUGGCCAUGCAACGCCAGCAGAAAUCAUUGCCACACAAGUAUGAAGUGAAAAAGCCUAAUCGCAAGUUGGACUUGAAGAAUGACAUUUUAGGUUGUCUUGAGAUUAACGAGCUUGGGUGGACUGCAGAUGCUGUUACUGAUCAGGGAUGUAACUUCAUUAACACAUUGGCUGAUGUAUUGUGGGCUAUUGAUGGACAUGACAAGACCUUGCAAGACAGAGGGUGUGGGAUUCCAGAGAUGUUCAAGCACCUCCAAGGCUACAACAAACCAGAAAUAACCAAACACAGAAAACGUCAGUACAACAAUUUGAAUUAUAUUGAUGUACUCGCCUAGAUGUGCAGUUGCAGCUACCCCAAAAGGGAUGCAUGGAAAGGUGUGUAAUUUUGGUCAUUCCAUGAUAUAUAAAUUAUUAAAUACAUAUACACAUGCAUCAUUAUUAAUAGACACUCAUUUAUUCAUAUUAAAUUUCCUCAUUUGCUUAUCACUAGGAGUGUACAAUGCUUUGCUUAGACUAGCUGAUAAUCUGAGGAAAUAUGCCAACUACCUGGAUGAACAAUUGGCAGCAACUGAAACGUCUCAAGCUAGGAAAAUUCCUCGCACAGAUGUUGAUGAAUGGCAG